AAUAAUUAACCACGCGGUACUUUCGAACGUUUCAGGAAGCUGGGAUUGGACCUGGUACCACGUCAGGGAGCACACAUGGUGGAUCCGGAUACCAUGUCAGUCGUGGAACUCUAUCACGUGCACGUUCAGAGCGCGGAGAAUUCACAAGGGGCGUCGGCCAGGGGAACUCUGAGGCGGAAGGAGCACAGAAAGGUGCUCACCCAUCACCUUUACUUCUGCAUGAGGGAUUUCGGGCACUCGAUCGGCGAGGACACGGAGAUCUACUUCUCCCUGUACGACGCGAAGCGAAAUCAAUAUCUGAGCGAACGUUUCCUGGUUCGAAUCUCGAAGGAAGGAUUCUCCAGCUUCAUAGAGAAGAUUCACAGCAACUGUACGAUCUUCACGGACCUUGGCAAUGCGGACCUUAGCAGAGAUCUUUACAUGGUCGCGCACGUUAUGCGAUGCGGGAGAAUGCUGUACUCCGAUUCGGGGAAAAACAAAACGGGCACCGCCACGUACAGAAGGCCGCACGGUGUCGCGGUGCUCUCGCUUGCCGAGGCCACGCAGGAUCACACCGAGGAACUUGAAAUGACGUUCAAGGUGUGCCAAGGAGAAGAAAAGGAGUUCCAUCAGCUGCACGAGCAGAUUAUCCGUAACAACAAGUGUUCGCCACUUCCGGGACAGCCUAACUACGGCAUAGUGGUUUCACUGCGCGUGCUGCACGGCGAGUUGUCCCAGGUUCGCGAGGAGAACCCUCUGCUCUUCAAGAACAUCUGCUUGACGAAGAAGCUCGGCUUCUCCGACGUGAUUAUGCCGGGUGACGUGCGAAAUGAUUUGUACCUGAAACUGGAACGCGGUGAGUUCGAACGAGGUGGGAAAUCCACGGGGAAGAACAUCGAGGUGACGAUUUUGGUUUUGGACGCGGACGGUCAACCGCUGGAAGAAUGCUUGUUCGGCGCUGCUGGAAUGGAGGGUAGCUCCGAGUAUCAGAGUUUAGUUAUAUAUCAUCACAACAGCCCGUCGUGGGCCGAGACGGUUCGAUUGGCGAUACCUAUAGACAAGUUUUAUGGUAGCCACGUCCGCUUUGAAUUCCGGCAUUGUUCCAGUAAGCUGAAUUGAAAUUCCUUCAGAAANUGUUCUCCUUUGCGUUCGUGCGUCUCAUGGAACCUGGAGGAGCUACGCUUCAAGACGGCCCACACGAGCUGUACAUUUAUAAGUGCGAGGAUCGUUCCAAGUUGGAUUCGUUGAGUUACCUCACCUUGCCCAGUAGUGCUCGAGAACCAAACGCGACAGAAUCUUGGCUCUCAUCUCUUCGGUUUGGUUCUUCAGGUUCGCCAGCAUUUUCCAGGUCGCCGAAGGAAGCCGUGUUCGUUCAUACGUUACUUUGCAGCACGAAACUGACGCAAAACGUGGACCUUCUGAGCCUGUUGCAGUGGAAGGCGCAUCCAGAACGAAUUUCGGAGGCCCUAGGUCGCGUGCUGCGACUGGACGGCGAGGAAUUGGUCAAGUUCCUACAGGACAUUCUGGAUGCCUUGUUUUCCAUGUUUCAUACAGAGGAUGGUAACUCCACGGCUCAUUCGGGUUUAGUCUUCCAAGUGCUCGUUUCCAUCUUCAGCCUUCUCGAGGACUCCAAGUUCGAGCAUUUCAAGCCGGUCAUGGAUGCUUAUAUCUCUGGUCAUUUCGCCGCCGCGCUGGUGUACAAGGGUCUUCUGAGCAGCGUGCAACACUGUGCGGAUUGGGUGACCGCGGCGGAAAAGCAGGAGCCUAUAAUCAAGUGUUUCCGUUCUCUGGAAUACAUCUUCAAGUUCAUCAUUCAGAGUCGCCUGUUGUUCGCUAGAGCAACAGCCGGCCAAUACGAGGACAGUUUCAAGCGAGAUCUUUACUGCGUGUUCGCCGCGUUGAACAAGAUGUUGGGCAUUCCGUACGAGAUGGUGCUUCACUCUCAGAUAGCUUUACUUUACUCGAUCUCGGCUGUGUUCGAGCAACUAGUCGCCGUAUUGCCAGUCCUCGAGGUGGCGAAGCUCACUUGCACGAUGCUCGACUCGGUGCCAAGGGAGCCACCGUUGCAGCUCACGCAAGCGAAAUUAACGGCUAUUAAAAACCUGACUACCUCGUCGUUGUUCCGCGAGGACGACGAGAGCAGGAACCUGCUGUUGGUCACGAUGUGCCGACACUUGAAAGUUCACUUAGUUAGACGAGAGGAACUCAGAUCUUGCACGGAGAUUCUGGGAGAAAUCCUCAGCUUUCUACACAAAAGGGGACGAGACACGAACAAAGUUAAUAACUGUAUUCAGCACGACGUCGAGACCCUCUGUCUUUCCAUCUUGGACAUACUGAUACAGACCAUUCUCAUUGUAAUAAACACCAGCGGCCCCGUGUUGGGCUGCCUUGUAGCUUGCUUGAUAGGAUUGCUUCAGCUUCUGGACGAGUAUCACUAUGCCCGACUUUGGGAGGAGUUAGCUCACACCGGCGAACAAAAACCCCUGAAGAACUUUCUUCUGAGAGCUUUCCUGGUUCUACGCGACCUCGUCAAACAGGAGGUCUUCCCGCCGGAUUGGCUGGUAAUUAGAAUGCAAGCGAACAGCGUUAUCCUGAAGUCCCUGCAGGAACUCGCUCAACCCUUGAAAGGUAGCUUCGACUCGCAACUCUGGUCCACGUACUUUAAUCUAGCCGUAGCAUACCUCACUCAGCCGUCUUUGCAACUCGAGCAAUUCACCGAGGUGAAGCGUGAAAAGAUCGUCGAGAAGUACGCAGACAUGAGAGUGUUGAUGGGCUUUCAAAUACUCUCCAUGUGGACAUAUUUGGGCGACCGUAAGUUGGAGUUCAUUCCUGGAAUGGUAGGUCCUUUCUUGGAAGUUACCUUGGUACCCGAGAGUGAACUGAGAAAGGCCACGUUGCACAUCUUUUUCGACAUGAUGGAAUGCGAGCAACGAGCUCGCGGUAGCUUCAGAUCCGUGGAAUCGGAAUUGAUCGACAAACUGGAUAUCUUGAUCAGCGAGAAUAAAGGUGACGACGAGUACAGACAGUUGUUUAACACGAUAUUAUUAGACAGAGUUCAAUCAGAGGAUCCAGCCUGGAAGGACAGCGGAACUGCAUUCAUCACGUCAAUUACGCGUUUACUGGAAAGACUGUUAGACUACCGAAGCGUAAUUCAGGGGGACGAGAAUCGCGACAAGCGUAUGUCGUGUACUGUUAAUUUAUUGGUAGGUCCAUUGGUGAACCAUCUCAAGAGAAGCAAAGAUCAAAGUAAAGAGAUGUACCUGCGUUAUAUUUACAAGCUUCACGACCUCCACUUAGCAGCUGAGAACUAUACAGAAGCUGGAUUUACAAUGAAAUUAUACGCCGAUCAGCUUGGCUGGAGUUCGACAAUUUUACCUCCUGAUCAUUCGCAUCCUCAGCAGCCAGAAUGGCAGAGAAAAGAAGUUCUUUAUCACAAGAUAAUUCAUUACUUGGAUCGAGGCAAAUGUUGGGAGAAAGGUAUCCCCCUGUGUAAGGAAUUGGCAAUGUUGUACGAGACCAGGUUGUACGAUUAUGCGAAACUCAGCAACGUACUCAAACUGCAAGCCAAAUUCCUGGACAAUAUAUUGACGCAGCUUCGACCAGAACCAGAGUACUUUAGAGUAGGAUUUUACGGUCUUAGUUUCCCUCUCUUCGUUAGGAAUAAGCUAUUCAUCUAUCGCGGUUUAGAAUACGAAAGAAUAGGGGCAUUCACGCAACGACUGCAGACUGAAUUUCCAAGCGCACAGAUAUUAAUGAAGAAUUCACCACCCGACGAGAGCAUCCUUACCUCCGAGGGACAAUACAUACAAAUUUGCAACGUAAAACCGAUCCCGGAGGAAAAUAGCCUAGCCUGUCGGGGAGCAGAAGUGCCCGAGCGAGUGGUCGCGUUUUAUUUGGUAAACGACGUCCGGAAGUUUAUCUUCGAUCGACCACUUCACAGAGGGCCGGUCGAUCGCGAGAACGAGUUCAAAUCUCUGUGGAUCGAAAGAACCACGUUAACCACCGAGGAGAAACUACCCGGUAUACUUAGAUGGUUCGAAGUGAUCGAGAAGAGAUCAGAGUUACUAGCUCCUGUGCAAUACGCGUGUGAAACUAUGCUGAGCGUGGAGAGAGAAUUGAGGAGACUCGUCGCGCAAUACACUGCCGAACCUAAUGGAAACAUUAACCCCUUUAGCAUGCGACUCCAAGGCAUCAUUGACGCGAACGUAAUGGGUGGUAUCACCAAGUACCAAGAGGCUUUUCUUACUCCUGAAUUCGCCAGACAAAACCCGGAAAUGGUCCCACACGUAAACAGACUGAAGGGUUUGAUUCUUGAUCAGAUGAGCGUUUUGGAAGCUGGAUUGAAUCUACACGGGCAAAUUGCACCGGCUGGCGUGCAACCGCUGCAUAAGAGACUCAAUGAAAGAUUCACCCAGCUGAAACAAGGCCUCGGCCCUCUAGCAAGACAAAGAACAAUUCACCAGGACAGCAUUGUCAAUUCACCGUUGCCCCCGUUGCCCGUUAACGAGAAGCAACGUCCAGCCACAUUGGAAACGGCAGGUUGCAGAACCUCUCAUGCGGACAGCGACGGCCUACCCGAAGAUGAAGGUUUCUACACAAAAGUAGACGGUGGACCACCACCUAUACCGCAACGGGAAGUACGGCCACGUUCGGUGGGUUAUGGCACUACUCCACCCAGACCCACGCAUCAGAGAUCUCUGAGCAAGCCGUUAAGUCCAAAGUUACCAUUGAGACAUUCUCUGCCAACGCCGACGGAUGGAGUGGAUCAGACUGGUUUAAGAACGUCGUGGAGUGAGCCUGGUCCCGAACCAGCGCCACCGUUGCCUCCUAGAGGUUGCACGCCCGAUAAGAGAGAUACGAACACGAACAUCGUGGUACCACCAGCACCACCGAAGCGUUUAGCGUACAAACGUAACACGGAAUGGAGUACAGACGACGACUCGGAAGCGCAAAAUGAACCGAACGAUCUUCGCGACAGCGGUAUAUCGACUGCUAGCUUAUUAGAUUUCCAGUCGCACUUGACUAAUUUAAACAACCUCGGCUACGAGGACUUUGAGCCACGGGCAAGGUGCAACGACAUUAUGAAUAUAUCACCUCCGUCUGUGAUAAACGUAUUGAACGUUUCUACUGGAAAUUUCGCGAGCGGUACAUUUCAGGGAUCACAUUCUUUACCGGGCCAAGAGGUGAGUCCACCGCCAAUACCACCGAAAGCACAUCAAGAUACCCCGUCGGCCCCAUCAACCUUGGAAAGAGUAUCGAAUCGCUCACAGUCACAUGGUCAUUCGGAAAAUUAUUCCGUGCCGAAGCUCCAAACGUUGUCUAUGGCGUCUGACACUGAAAGCACUGUGUAGCAAUGACGAUGACAAUUUCCUAGUCCUAGCAGUUAACCGUGAUGUGCGUGUGCCACAGUCAGCCAGAUCCAAUUAUAAAAAUCGUACACGGAUAGAACUUUGAUAACUCAUUGGCAGACGCAUAACUAAGAAUUGAAUUCUGAUUGGAUUUGCACAGCAAGAUCUCUGACAUUUGCACAUCGUUUUAUAUAUAUAAUAUAUAUAUAUAUAUAUAU